UCACAGUUUGAAUAUUUCAAUGAGUGUGUGUGCUUGUGUGCAUACAUGCAUGUGUGUCACUUUGUGUGUGUGGGCUUGUGUGUGUGUGUGUGUGUGUGUGUGUGUGUGUGUGUGUGUGUGUGUGUGUGUGUGUGUGUGUGUGUGUGUGUGUGUGUGUGUGUGUGUGUGUGUGUGUGUGUGUGUGUGUGUUUGUGUUAUUUUACAUGAUAUAUAUGUGUUCAUUCUUAUCCUGUCGAUCAUCCACGCCCUGCAGGACAGAGAUCUGCGACCAGAGGAAAUGGAAGAGUUGCGCGAGGCGUUCAGGGAGUUUGACAAGGACAAGGACGGCUUCAUCAGCUGCAAGGACCUGGGCGAGUGCAUGAGGACCAUGGGCUACAUGCCCACCGAGAUGGAGCUGAUCGAGCUCAGCCAGCAGAUCUGCGGCGGCAGAGUGGACUUUGAGGACUUCGUGGAGUUGAUGGGUCCUAAGAUGUUGGCGGAGACGGCAGACAUGAUCGGCGUCAAGGAGCUACGUGACGCCUUCAGAGAGUUUGACUCAGACGGUGAUGGUCAGAUCAGUCUGGGCGAGCUGAGGGAGGCCAUGAAGAAGCUGAUGGGCGAGCAGCUGAACCACCACGAGAUCGACGAGAUCCUGAGGGACGUGGACCUCAAUGGGGACGGACAGGUGGACUUUGAAGAGUUCGUCCGGAUGAUGUCUCGUUGACGGCCGUGUCUCAGCUCCGCCCCGCGGACCCCCCCCCCCCCCCCAUGUUACAGUCAAUCAUCGGGUUACUGUUAAUAUAUUAAUCGUAUGCAUUUGUUCUCAUAGCUCCCCUUCGUGUGCGUUUACUGUUGUGUCAUGACGUUUGUACGUCCUGUAGUCAUGGCGAAGUGUUCUGUGUGAAAGGGCUCCUGUUGGAAUCAGGGGAUCGUUUAACAUCACUGUGAAUAGGAUUAUUAGACCUCAAAGGAGACAUAUUAUACCACCAGGUGUGAGUGUGACAAGCCGUUACGAAAAUCUGCCCCAUAUGACAUCCCCAUGGCCACAGGUCCAGCACAGAUCUAGGUGGACACGCCCACUAGCGGGGCAGAUAUCCGAAAGAUUUCCGUAAGGCUAAUCACACUCACACCUGGUGGUAUAAUAUGUCUCCUUUAAUUUCUGUAUAAUGUCACUACUAAAUAAUUAAAUGGGUUAAAUGUUGCCAAAACUUAAGAAAAUUGAAUGCCAUGUGUAAGUGAUAAAAGACUAUAUCUGGAAGAAAGUUUACCUGUAUAUGUGUAUAUUUUUGCUAACUUAAAGAUUUUAUGUUUGGUUUUAUGUCUGCAUAUUUUAGGAUUAAUAAAUUGUACAUAGGCCUGACUGAUAAUAAAUUUGGUGAGAACAA